AUGUGUGAUUGUGAUGUCGUUGAAGGCAUCAUCGGAGCCGUGGCCCAGGACUUCUUCGACAGCAGUGUGAGGAUGGAGGUGCUGAAGGAGGUGCAGGAGGAGCAGAGGACGGGGAAACAGGAGCACGUGGUCUUCUCCGUCCAGAUGUGGAAGAAUCAGAGCCAAACGACCGCCGCAGACAACGAGGAAAUAUUCACAAAGUUAAAGCAGAGAUGCCUCGGAGUGAAGCAGCGCGGAUGGGUCCUGGUCAGGACGGCCGUUUUGUCAGAAAGAAGCCGCCCCCCGCGCUCCUGCAGCCCGCUUUACCCCGAGAAGCUGUGGAUCGAGGAGAGAUCUUUCUGCAACGCCUUUCCCUUCCACAUGGUGUUCGACGCCAGCCUCAGAGCACAGCAGGUGGGAGUGAACAUCCAGAAGUUCUUCCCUGGUCUCCUGAGCGACGGCGCCACAGUGGACCAGUACUUCACCCUGGUCCAUCCUCAGGUGAGCUUCACCAUCGAGAGCAUCCAGACGUUCAUCAACAGUCAGUUUGUGCUGGGGAGCAGCGGCAGACACACGAGCUCCAUCACACUCAGAGGUCAGAUGGUGUGGAUGUCCUCUCUGGGCUCCAUGCUGUACCUCUGCUCCCCGAAGCUCCGCAGCCUCCGGGAGCUGCAGGACUCGGGGCUGCACCUGUCCGACCUGGCCCAGCACGACGUGACCAGGGACCUGGUGCUGCUCAACCAACAGAGGCUGGCUGAGAUGGAGCUGACCAACCAGCUGGAGCGCAAGAAGGAGGAGCUGAGGAUCCUGUCCCACUUCCUGGAGGUGGAGAAGGAGAAGUCGGAGACGCUGCUGUACGCCAUGUUGCCUCGACACAUCGCCAACCAGCUGAAAGACGGGAAGAGUGUGGAGGCAGCCUACCCCACAACCACAGCCUACCCCCACCACAUCCUACCCCCACCACAGCCUACCCCCACCACAUCCUACCAUAGCCUACCCCCACCACAGCCUACCCCACAACCACAGCCUACCCCCACCACAUCCUACCCCCACCACAGCCUACCCUCACCACAGCCUAUCAUAGCCUACCCCCACCACAUCCUACCCCCACCACAGCCUACCCCCACCACAGCCUAUCAUAGCCUACCCCCACCACAGCCUACCCCCACCACAGCCUACCCCCACCACAGCCUACCCCCACCACAUCCUACCCCCACCACAGCCUACACCCAGCAUAGCCUACCCCCACCACAUCCUAUCCCCACCACAGCCUACCCCCACCACAGCCUACCCUCACCACAUUCUACCCCCACCACAGCCUACCCCCAUCACAGCCUACCCCCACAACCACAGCCUACCCCCACCAUAGCCUACCCCCACCACAUCCUACCCCCACCACAGCCUACACCCAGCACAUCCUAUCCCCACCACAGCCUACCUACCCCCACAACCACAGCCUACCCCCACCAUAGCCUACCCCCACCACAUCCUACCCCCACCACAGCCUACACCCAGCACAUCCUAUCCCCACCACAGCCUAGUCCCAUCAUAGCCUACUCCCAUCAUAGCCUACCCCCACCACAUCCUACCCCCACCACAGCCUACCCUCACAACCACAGCCUACCCCCACAACAACCACAGCCUACCCCCACAACCACAGCCUACCCCCACAAUCACAGCCUACCCCCACCACAUCCUACCCCCACCACAGCCUACCCCCACAAUCACAGCCUACCCCCACCACAGCCUACCCUCACCAUAGCCUACCCCCACCACAUCCUACCCCCACCACAGCCUACCCCCACCACAGCCUACCCCCACAACCACAGCCUACCCCCACAAUCACAGCCUACCCCCACCACAGCCUACCCUCACCACAGCCUACCCCCACAACCACAGCCUACCCCCACCACAGCCUACCCUCAUCAUAGCCUACCCCCACCACAUCCUACCCUCAUCAUAGCCUACCCCCAUCACAUCCUACCCCCACCACAGCCUACCCCCACAACCACAGCCUACCCCCACAAUCACAGCCUACCCUCACCACAUCCUACCCCCACCACAGCCUACCCCCAUCACAGCCUACCCCCAUCACAGCCUACCCCCACCACAGCCUACCAUAGCCUACCCCCACCACAGCCUACCCCCACAACCACAGCCUACCCCCACCACAGCCUACCCUCAUCACAGCCUACCCUCACCACAGCCUACCCCCACCACAGCCUACCCUCACCACAGCCUACCCCCACCACAGCCUACCCUCACCACAGCCUACCCCCAUCACAGCCUACCCCCACCACAGCCUACCCCCAUCACAGCCUACCCUCACCACAGCCUACCCCCACCACAGCCUACCCCCACCACAGCCUACCCCCACCACAUCCUACCCCCACCACAGCCUACCCCCACCACGGCCUACCACAUCCUACCCCCACCACGGCCUAA